UAGGUAUGGCCCCACCGCUGGCUGCAGUCAGCAGAGCCUGGAGACAGAGGAGACCUAAACCUCCUCCCUUCCCAGCCGCCCUCCACCUGCUCCCACCAUGAAGCAGGAAAUACUGACCCUGGGCUUCGCUCGAGCCAUCUUUGUCGAGUUCCUUUCCACGCUCAUCUUUGUCUUCAUCGGCCUGGGCUCAGCGCUGAAGUGGCCGUCCGCCCUGCCCAGCAUCCUCCAGAUCGCGCUGGCCUUCGGCUUGGCCAUCGCCACCAUGGUCCAGGCGUUCGGCCACAUCAGCGGCGCCCACAUCAACCCCGCGGUGACCAUCGCCUUCUUCGUCGGGAACCAGAUCUCCAUCCUCCGCACCAUCUUCUACGUGAUCGCCCAGCUGGUCGGGGCCAUUGCCGGGGCUGGCAUCCUCUACGGCGUGACGCCGGUCAACACCCGUGGCAACCUGGCCAUCAACGCGCUCAACAACAACACGACCGCGGGCCAGGCCCUGGUGGUGGAGAUCAUCCUCACCUUCCAGCUGGCCAUGUGCAUCUUCGCAUCCACCGACAACCGCAGGACCGGCGUGGGCUCCCCCUCGCUGUCCAUCGGCCUCUCCGUCGCCGUGGGCCACCUGGUGGGGAUCUACUUCACCGGUUGCUCCAUGAACCCAGCCCGGUCCUUCGGGCCUGCGGUGGUGGUGGGCAAGUUCAGCUCAGCGCACUGGGUGUUCUGGGUCGGACCCAUCCUCGGGGCUUGCUUGGCCUCCAUCCUCUACUUCUACAUCCUGGUGCCCUACUGCAUGAACUCCUCGGACAGGAUCGCCAUCGUCAAGGGCACCUACGAGUCGGAGGAGGAGUGGGAAGAGCAGCGGAAGAAGUCCAUGGAGCUGACCGCACCGUAGGAGCGGCCGCAGAACUCCAAGCAGAAGGCGGGGACGCCCCACACAUGGGCUCAUGUGUGCGCCAGCGCCGGCAACAGCCACAUCCAGCCACUGUAGACUCUUAAGCAAAAGUCUUUCACUCAAAGACCACCCGUGACUAAGAAAGAAAGGUGUAUCGCAGCGUCUGUGUCUCUAAUCCCUCUCUGAGUGCGAGCGCUAGAACCUCUCCUAGCUAAACCGCAGCCAGCUAAGGCCAGCGCAGGAGGCUCAGCCCCGGGCAGCCCCUCAGCGCUGGCUUUACAGCCUCUCGGUUGCACCCCUGCCCUCCUAGGCGUGAGUUUUGCACGUUUUGCGGUGCACGCAGGAUUUCACCCCCGCCCCCGAGGGCCAGGGAUGGAAACACCCUGCAGGUACCAGCGAAGAGGAACCAACUGCUUUUGGGCAAACGUCCCCCGCUUUCUCCCCGCCACAGGGCCCGUGCUGCUCGUAGAUGCUCUUCACGCAUUAGCUAGUGCUGGGGAGUCCUAUUUAUUCGUGGCUGCAGAAAGAACGUGAUUUUUUCAUUUUGUGUUGAGAUCUUUGUAAUAUAGUGCGUUAUUUAUUGUGAAUAAAGGAAAUUUUAAAACA